GGGGAAGCCGGGCUGGCGGCGGCGGCCGGCCGGGCGCGCACUCUCGGGAUGGAGGGCGAGUGCCCGGCACCUUCGGCGCGCUCCUCGGGCCUCCCGGCUGGGGGCGCCGGCGCGGAGAGCCCCGGGGGCGACGCCCCCCUCCCGGGGAGCAGCGGCUCGUCCGCCCUGCUGCAGGCCGAGGUGCUGGAUCUGGACGAGGACGAGGACGACCUGGAGGUGUUCAGUAAGGAUGCCUCACUGAUGGACAUGAAUUCCUUCAGCCCUAUGAUGCCAACAUCCCCCUUGUCGAUGAUAAACCAGGUCAAGUUUGAAGAUGAACCAGAUGUGAAAGAUCUCUUCAUCACCGUUGAUGAACCCGAAAGCCACGUCACCACGAUUGAAACUUUCGUUACUUACAGGAUUAUUACUAAGACAUCUCGGGGGGAAUUUGACUCCAGCGAAUUUGAAGUUAGGAGACGUUAUCAAGAUUUCCUUUGGUUGAAAGAAAAACUUGAAGAAGCACACCCCACUCUGAUUAUUCCACCAUUGCCAGAAAAGUUUAUAGUGAAAGGAAUGGUGGAACGCUUUAAUGAUGACUUCAUCGAGACACGCAGGAAGGCAUUGCAUAAGUUUUUGAACCGGAUUGCUGAUCAUCCAACUCUAACGUUUAAUGAAGACUUCAAAGUUUUUCUUACUGCACAAGCUUGGGAGCUCUCUUCUCACAAGAAGCAAGGCCCUGGACUGCUCAGCCGGGUGGGGCAGACUGUCAGAGCGGUUGCGUUUUCAAUGAGAGGCGUUAAAAGCCGCCCAGAGGAGUUCAUGGAAAUGAAUAACUUCAUUGAAUUAUUUAGCCAGAAGAUAAAUUUGAUAGAUAAAAUAUCGCAGAGAAUCUACAAGGAAGAAAGGGAAUAUUUUGAUGAAAUGAAAGAAUAUGGCCCAAUUCAUAUUCUCUGGUCGGCCUCAGAAGAAGACCUGGCUGACACUCUAAAAGGUGUUGCCGGCUGCAUUGACAGAUGCUGUAAGGCCACUGAAAAACGGAUGUCUGGACUCUCCGAGGCCCUGCUUCCUGUCGUGCACGAGUAUGUGCUUUACAGUGAGAUGCUAAUGGGUGUUAUGAAAAGAAGAGACCAAAUACAAGCAGAACUGGAUUCCAAAGUUGAAGCUUUGACCUCUAAAAAGGCAGACACCGAUCUGCUCACAGAAGAGAUUGGGAAGCUGGAAGAUAAAGUGGAGUGUGCCAACAAUGCCCUGAAAGCAGACUGGGAAAGAUGGAAACAAAACAUGGAGAAUGACCUCAAGUCAGCGUUCACAGAUAUGGCUGAGGAGAGCAUCCGCUAUUAUGAACAGUGCCUUGCCACGUGGGAGUCCUUCCUGACAUCACAGACAGGUCACCACCUGGAAGAAGCCUCUGAAGAUCAGUUUUAGUCGCCUGGAAGACUUCUGUGUGAUCUUUGGGAGAUAGCGUCUAUUAACCAAAGUUGCUCUUUCUGGAUGGGCUGUGUCCUUUAUAACGUGGAUAAAAGAUGUUUCGCGCUAUCUGGAAAACCAUCAGCUUGAAACUCAGGUAUUCCAGAUCAUUGAUUUGAAUUUGGAUAUAUAUACAUAUACAUAUAUAUACAUUUAAAUAUUUAGCUUAAUUUUGACUAUGUUCUUAAAUUUUUAUGCCGAUAAUUAUACAUAGAAAGUUUUUUUCUUAAAUAUUUGUCCGUGGAAUAUGUCAUUUUAAAUAUAUUGUAAAGACUCAGUUUUAAUAAAAAGUUUAAUAUUGAA